UGACGCGUCAUUACCAUGCCGGAGACGGGACGACGCGCAUGCGUGCCGGCCGUGAGGAGUGGCAAGAUGGAGACCGCGUCAGGGAGGUUGGUGCAGAAAAGUGUUAAAAUUGCAGCUGGAGCUGUUGUCUGUGUGGAAAGUGAAAUCAAAGGAGAUGUAACUAUUGGUCCUAGGACAGUAGUUCACCCUAAGGCUCGUAUUAUCGCAGAAGCAGGACCGAUCGUCAUUGGAGAAGGGAACUUGAUUGAAGAACAAGCACUUAUUAUUAACAGCUAUCCAGAAAAUCUUGUGCCUCAAAAGGAAGAUAUUGAACCUAAGGUUAUGACUAUUGGAACAAACAAUGUAUUUGAAGUUGGUUGCCAUUUUGAAGCUCUGAAGAUUGGAGAUAACAAUGUAAUUGAAUCUAAAGCAUAUAUAGGUAGAAAUGUGAUCCUAACCAGUGGAUGUAUUAUUGGAGCCUGCUGUCAUGUAAAUUCCUGUGAAGUUAUUCCAGAAAACACAGUUAUCUAUGGAGUAGAUUGUAUGCGAAGAGUACAGUCAGAACGCCCACAGCCACAAACUCUGCAGCUUGAUUUCCUGAUGAAGAUCUUGCCUAAUUAUCAUCACCUGAAGAAAACAGUGAAAGGAUGUUCCACUCCAAUAAAAAGCUGAAGAGGACCAGAAUCUGAGUUCUGCAGAGGAGCUAAUUUAUUUUGUUAUGAGCUUGGUAUCUGAAAAACAGCAGCCAUGCUGAAGUAGGAGAAACAAUUGCAUGUAGAACUUUAUCCUGUAGUAUGUAAUGUGUCCUUCAUGAUUAAAUGAAAAUAUAAUUUGUUAUAACAAUUGUUAAUUUGUUUCAGUUAACUUGGUCAGUUCUUGUUUUCACUAUUUAGUUAAUCCCAUUCUUUUAAAGAAAUUAUGUAAAUAUUACAGCAAUCUUAAUGUGGACAAAAAACGAACUUUAAAGACAAAGGACAGUACAAAACUUGUUGGUCUUCAGUUUAUUUUGCAUAAAAUGAAUAGUUCUCCUCCCCCUUCCAUAUUAUUAUAUACUUAUGAAGAAGCUGAAACUAAAAAUGCCGCAGUUCAGUAUAGUAGAUUACCAUGGUAAUGAAGCGAUCUGUGAGAUGCCACUAUAGCUUGGUGUUCCAGACUUUGGAGUUCAAUUCUAUAAGGAAUUUGUACGUUCUCCUCGUGGGUUUCCUCCGGUUGCUCUGCAGUCCAAAGGUGUACCAAUUAGUAAUUUAAUUGGUCGUUGUAAAUUGUCCUGUGCUUAGACCCAUUGGGCCAGAAGGGCCUGUCUCAUGCUGUAUCUCCAAAUAAAAUAAAACAGAUAAAAUAUUUAAUAUUAGCUACUUGAUUCCAUUUUCAACAAUUAUCAACUUUUAUUGAUUUUGGUGUAAAUUUGAUUAAGUAAAAAAUACUUAUCCAAAACUUAAAUUACCAACACUGAUUGUGAGGAAAGUAGUUAUAAUGUAUGAUUUACCUACUUUACAAUAAUAAAUGGAAUUUUAAAGUAUUUUAUUGAACAUCCUGAGAUCAUGACAAGCCUAACAGGUGUGCAAUUUAUUACUGAAAGUACUUAGAUAUUGAUUGUCAUACCAGUAGGUAUAUUUUGACGGCAGUCAUAACUUAAAGACUUUCUUCUUUGUGGUUGAAAUUUCUGUGUGGUUUAACAAUUAACUGCAUGGUUUUGUUUUACUGUAGUUACUUUAUAAGCUUCCAUAAUGAGCGAGUUUGGCAGCAGCACACUGAUAGGACCAUAAGACACAGGAUCAGAAUUAGUCCAUUCAUCCAAUGGGGUCUGCUUCACCAUUUCAUCAUGACUAAUUUAUUAUCCCUCUCGACCCCAUUCUCCUGCCUUCUCCCUAUAGCCUUCGACACCCUUACGAAUCAGGAACCUAUCAACCUCCACUUCAAAUAUACCCAAAGGCAGCCUCCACAGGCAAUGAAUUCCACAGAUUCAUCACCCUCUGGCUAAAGAAAUUCCUCCUAAUCUCUGUCCUAAAGGGACAUCCCUCUAUUCUGAAACUGUGCCUUGGACUCCACCCCCCCCCACCCCCACAAUAGGAAACAUCCACUCUAUCUAGGUGUUUCAAUAUUCAAUACAUUUUAAUUCCAAUGAGUACUGGCUCAGAGCCAUCAAACGCUUCCCAUGCGUUAACCCUUUUAUUUGUUUUCAAAUGUUUUUAUUGUGAAGCAACAUCAGUUUAACCAGAACCAACAAUGUCCUAAAGUACAAUGCUUCUGUUUUCUUUCCUAUAACAACAUAAUGAAAGUCAAAUGAAUGUAUGUAUAGUAAACAAGCAAAAAGCAAAGGAAACUGUACCACCCCGUCUCCUUUCCCCUUCCCUGUUCUACCCUCCCCUCACCCCUCCCGUAUGUGCUGUCCAGGUCCUACCGCCCCCCACACUUCGUUCAGCUGUCAAUCUCUUCUAAAUACAACAGUAAUGGUUACCAGAUUUUUUCAAAUUCCUUGAGUCUCUCCUUGAUAACGUAUCUUAUCCUCUCUAGAUGCAGAGUAUCCAUUAAUGCAGCCAGCCAUUGUCUGAGUGAUGGAGUUUCCUCUUUUUUCCAGAACAUCAGUAUGAGUUUCUUUCCAUUAAGUAUGCCGUAGGUCAGGAGUUGUUGCUGGGUAGCUUCGAAUUUAUUUGACCUCGCAGAAGUUCCAAAAAUUAUUAAAAUGGAGUCUGGUAUUAUCGGAACCUUCAGUACCUUCGAUAGGACCUCAAAUAUUUGCUUCCAAUGCUCUUGUAUCCUGGCACAUAAAGCAUAACCGAGGCCCCAAAUCCUCGGCUUUGCCUGUUGCGGGGGCCGGGGUUGGGGUCGAAGCACUCGGCAGAGAUGGUGUUCGGUGCUCGGUGUCGGAGAGCUGGUCUGAGGCUCGGAGUUUUCAGACGGACUCGGAGUCGGACUGUGGUCGGAUGCUUCCAGUAUUUUGCAUCAGCAAGUUGGCGCUGGAGGUUCACCGUCUGCGUGAGAUGAUGGGACUUUCGAGAGACUUUGAGACUUUUACCAUGCCAUGGUCUGUUCUUAUCAAAUUAUGGUAUUGCUUUACACUGUUGUAACUAUAUGUUAUAAUUAUGUGGUUUUUGUCAGUUUUUAAGUCGGUUUGUCAUGUGUUUCUGUGAUAUCAUUCUGGAAAAACAUUGUAUCAUUUCUUAAUGCAUGCAUUACUAAAUGACAAUAAAAGAGGACUGCGUGUCCUUAUAAUCUAAU